AUUUCUCUCUCACACAUCUCCAAAAUCCCUAGAAACGAACCCCUAAAAUCCUCUCUUUAUCUCUCCGCUCCACUCUCAGGCCUUCUCUAUCCUCUUCUCUUUCUUCUUCUACAUUUUCAAGCUCAGAUCUCAACGAGGGAUUUGAGCCAUUUUUCUGCAAAAAAAAUACCCAAAAAAUAGGCAUUUCUUCGAGCUUGAGACAGAUUUCAUAGAAGAAUUUCGGCAUUUUGUUGAAUCAGAUGUCUCGCAUAUGAGAUGAAGAGCGAUACCCAUUUCACCAUUCAUUCUUUGCUUCAAAUUUUCCUCUUCUUCGGCACUCUUUUGUGCCUAGCUUCUUCUGAAGAGUUUCUUCAAGUUUCCGGCCAUGGCGGCGGCGGCGGACUGACCGACGCUGAAGCUCACUACAUCCGUCAACGGCAACUUCUUUACUACAGAGAUGAAUUUGGCGACCGUGGUGAAGAAGUCACCGUCGAUCCUAAGCUGGUUUUUGAAAACGACAGGCUUAGAAAUGCUUACAUAGCUUUACAAGCUUGGAAGCAAGCGAUUCUAUCUGACCCUUUGAAUCUUACUCUUAAUUGGGUUGGAUCUGAUGUUUGUAGUUACAAAGGGGUUUUCUGUGCUGAGGCGCCGGAUAAUUCCUCGAUCCGUACAGUUGCCGGAAUCGACCUCAACCAUGGCGACAUUGCCGGCUACUUGCCGGAGGAGCUCGGCCUUCUUGUGGAUCUUGCAUUGUUCCAUAUCAACUCCAACCGGUUUUGCGGCACUGUGCCUCACAAGUUUAAGCACUUGAAGAUGCUGUUCGAGUUGGAUCUGAGCAACAAUCGCUUCGCCGGAAAGUUCCCUCGGGUGGUUCUCGAGCUGCCGGAGCUGAAGUUUUUGGAUCUGAGGUUCAAUGAGUUUGAAGGGACCGUUCCUAAAGAGCUUUUCGACAAGGAUUUGGACGCCAUUUUCAUCAAUCACAAUAGAUUCCGGUUUGACUUGCCGGAAAAUUUCGGGAACUCGCCGGUUUCGGUGAUUGUUCUUGCGAAUAACAAAUUUCACGGCUGUGUACCGGGGAGUAUUGGGAAUAUGACGAGGUUGAAUGAGAUUAUUUUGAUGAACAAUGGGUUUCGGUCGUGUUUGCCUGCGGAGAUUGGGUUGCUGAAGAAUCUGACGGUGUUGGAUGUGAGUUUUAAUGAGUUUCUUGGGGCGUUGCCGGAAACGAUCGGUGGAAUGGUGAGUUUAGAGCAGCUGAAUGUGGCGCAUAAUUUCUUGUCCGGGAAGGUUCCGGAGAGUAUCUGUAAGUUGCCGAAUCUGAAGAACUUUACCUAUUCGUAUAAUUUCUUUACUGGAGAAGCGCCGUCGUGCUUGGCGUUGCCGGGCUUUGAUGAUCGGAGGAACUGUAUUCCGAAGCGGCCGGUGCAACGUUCGGAGAGGCAAUGUAAGUCGUUCUUGUCUAAGCCUGUGGAUUGCAGUUCUUUUGGAUGUCCUUCUUAUGUUGCUCCGUCGCCACCUGUGGUGGUGCCUUCUCCGCCACCUGUUGUUGUUCCAUCUCCGCCGCCACCUGACUGGGAUUCACACCCCAUUUACCGACCACACUCUCCCCCUCCCCCGCCUCCACCUUCCCCACCUCCGCCUUCUCCACCGCCGCCUGUCUACUCUCCUCCCCCACCACCACCUUCCCCACCUCCGCCUUCUCCCCCGCCCCCACCUCCCCCAUCUCCUCCGCCGCCUUCACCUCCACCGCCCUCACCCCCUCCGCCGCCCCCACCAGUUUACUCUCCACCCCCACCACCGCCUUCUCCUCCCCCACCAUCGCCGGUGUAUUGUGUACGUCCAUCACCCCCACCGCCACCACCAAACUCUCCCCCACCUCCUCCUCCAUUAUUCUCUCCACCCCCACCUGUUUACUAUUACAACUCACCGCCACCGCCCAACUCUCCACCACCACCACCAAUGUACUCUCCUCCGCCACCGCCCCACUCACCACCUCCUCCACCGCAUUCACCACCACCUCCAAUCUAUCCUUACCUAUCUCCCCCACCUCCACCUGUCUAUUCCCCUCCUCCACCUGUCUAUUCCCCACCUCCACCCGUCUAUUCCCCGCCACCACCACCGCCAUGUAUAGAGCCUCCCCCACCACCACCGCCGCCGUGUAUAGAGUAUCAUGAACCCCCACCGCCACCAUCACCAUCACCACCGCCACCCAUCCAAUACCUGCCUCCACCAUCUCCUUCCCCCCCACCACCACCGCCACCCACCCCAGUUUUCCAUUCACCUCCCCCACCAAUUUAUUACUCUCCACCACCACUUCCGUCGCCUCCUCCACCCUCAUCCCCACCACCAUCACCCGUAUACGAAGGCCCAUUGCCACCAAUCUAUGGAGUUUCGUACGCCUCUCCUCCACCUCCACCCUACUAUUGAUUCUUUUAAGAAAUUUUCCUCCUCUAACCUUACCUCAACUCAACCACAGAAGAAGGAGAAAUUUACAAUACCAUGCCCUCGUUUAUCUUCUUCAUUGUACUGAAAUUUCCCAAAUCUUUUCAUUAUUUUUCCCCUUUCAGCAAUGCUCAUCGCUCUCUGGGGAAGAAUAAUAAGACUUUUAAGGAUUAUAUUUAUUUCUGCAAGGGUCACGUCAUGUUCUUCUCUCUUACAUAAACGUCAUUACUUGUUUAAAGAACAAAAAAAAAAAAAAUCCAUACACAGGGAGUGUAAGGGUAAGAGGGAAAGUCUCUUCUUAUUUGUUUGAAUUGUUAUGGAUAUUUGAAUUUGUGAAAUAAAUGGCAGAGAAGAGUGGAAGUGCAGAGAAUGUUUAUGUUUCAAAAAAAAAAGAAAAAAAAAAAAAUUGAAUGUAUAGCGAUGAAUUGAAGAAACUCUUAUUCAGAGACAAUGUGAAACUGCUGCUGCUUUCUGGCU